AUGCUUGUACCUUACCCGACGUUCGUACCUGACCAGACGCUCGUACCUGACCCGACGCUAAUAUCUGACCCGAUGCUCGUACCUGACCUGACGCUUGUAACUGACCCGACGCUUGUGCCUGACCCGACGCUUGUACCUGACAUGACACUUGUACCUGACCCGAUGGUUGUAUCUGACCCGACGCAUGUACCUGACCCGACGCUCAUACCUGACCUGGCGCAUGUACCUAACUCGACGCUUAUACCUGAUCCGAUGCAUGUCGUACCUGACCCGACGCAUGUACCUGACCCGACGCAUGCACUUGUCCCGACGAUUGUACCUGACCUGACGCUUGUACCUGACCCGACACUUGUACCUGACCCGAUGCUCGUACCUGACCUGACGCUCGUACUUGACCCAAUGCUCGUGCCUAACCCGACGCUCGUACUUGACCCGACGCUCUUACCUGACUCGAGGCUCGUACCAAACCAGACCCUUGUACCCGACACGAUGCUCGUACCUAUCCUGACACCCGUACCUGACCUGACGCUCGUACCUGACCCGAUGCUAGUAGCCGGCCCCAUUCUUGUAUCUAACCCGAGGCUUUUACCUGAUCCAAAACUUGUACCUGACCCGACGGUUGUAUCUAACUCGACGCAUGUACCUGACCCGACGCUCGUACCUGACCCAAUGCUUGUACCUGACCCGAUGCAUGUACCUGACCCGACGCUUGUACUGACCCGACGCAUGUACCUGACUCAACGCUCGUACCUGAUGUGA